UUUCCGUAAUAAAUUAAAUUUAAAUUAAACUUUUUACUCUAAAGACGAACGAAGUAGAGCAACCCUAUAACCUCAAACAUCAAACAAACUUGUUUAUAUUUAUUUUAGUCGUUUGCUUCUUUAAUCUUUAAAGCUGUAUUUUCAUCGUUCAAGAGAACAUUAAAAUGGAGAAAUACGAUAAAUUAGCUCAUUCAUUAUCAUCUAAGGAACGUUCCAGAGAUGUACUCUUAAAUGAGAAUAUUUAUUUCUCUUCACUGAUUUUGCCAGCUGAAAUUCUAAAAGCUCUAACUGAUGCUGGGUUUGAAAAGCCCUCACCCAUCCAGGUAAAAGCUUUACCAAUUGGGCGCUGCGGCCUAGACAUAAUUGUUAAAUCCAAAUCUGGGACCGGCAAAACUUUAGUAUUCGGAAUAAUUUCCUUGGAGUCAAUCAAAUUGGACAAAGCAGAGCCUCAAGUGUUGAUAUUGGCACCCACAAGAGAAAUUGCAGUUCAAAUUCAGGAUGUAAUAAGGAGCGUUGGAAAGUAUCAUAAAGGACUCUCUGUCGAAUGUUUUAUUGGAGGACUGCCGAUUAGUAACGAUAAAGCGAAAUGCAAAGGCUGCCAUAUUGCCGUUGGUACUCCAGGACGAGUUAAAGAACUAAUUUUAGGUGGAAGCCUAUCCAUUGAAUUUGUCAAGAUAUUUGUCUUAGAUGAAGCGGAUAAGUUAACAGAAGAUAGCUUCCAGAAUGACAUUAAUGAAAUUUAUAAUGCAUUGCCGGAUUAUAAGCAAAUCAUUAUGUGCAGUGCUACUUAUCCACAUGAACUGCAAAAGUUCUUAGAACAAUACAUGCGAAGUCCCGUUAUUGUCAGUGUAGAGUUAGAAACACCGUUACUGUUGGGUUUGAGGCAUUAUGUUAGAUUGCAGCAAGUGUCUUCAAAUAUAGUUGUAGUAACAACCGCAAAAAAUCAGGAACUGUUGAAAAUACUUUCCGCCGUUCCAUUUGUCCAAUGUGUAAUUUUUGCCAACUAUCAAAACCGAGCUGAGACUUUAAGCUAUCUAUUAAACAAAAAUGGGUGGAAUUCAAUUUAUAUGUCGGCGGCACAGAAGCAGAUUGAUCGACUAAGUUCUUUCGCAGAUUUUAAAAAUGUCAAGCAUAGAAUUUUAGUAACUACGGAUCUAUCUUCUCGUGGUAUUGACGCUCCCAAUUUAGAUUUGGUAAUAAAUUAUGAUAUUCCUGCAAGUGCCACAACUUAUCUACAUCGGAUGGGUCGUGCUGGGCGUUACGGCUCAACCGGCAAUUGUAUUAAUAUGGCUUUUACCAGCCAAGAAACUUUAUUAUUACAAACAAUCUUAGGAUUUAUUGGCGGAGAACAUCUAUCUAUUCCUAUUUUGAACGAUCGAUAUGUAUUAGACAUGAAUGCCAUUCCAAAGGAUAGGUAUUUGUUUGGCAUUGUUAAAGAUACAGCCUUCUAUAACAAUGAAGUUACUCAAAUCAGGACUUGUUUAGUCGAAAACUAUAAAGAGAAAAGUGUCAAAAAUAAAAAAAAAUCAAAACCAGCAUCGAAUAAACAAAUUGCUGUGCCGGAUAAUGUUGUCGAAUCAAAAAUAAGUAAAGACGUACAUUCGACAUUAAAUCAGCUUGCUUCUGGUUGCUUUGAAUCGAACGAAUCUCCAUCCUCAUCCGCACAAGUUGUAAAUAAUAAUAUGCUUAACAUAGAUCCUCGGCCUGAAACGUCCCUAAAGCAGCAGCAACAUGCAUUACCAAAUCAGAAAGUGCCAAGUCCUAGCUUGCUAUUAAAGCAGAUAGCAGAAGGAGGCGAUGUUAGUAGUAACUCUUCCUCAAAUACCAGCAAAGACAAGAUAUUUGCCACUAAUAAAGCUUUAGUAAAUGUGGCUAAGAUGUUAUGCGACAUAGAAGUUUCCAGCGAAGAUUAUACUGACUUAGAGACUUACCUUUGUUCAAAUAAAAGGCAAGAGAAUUUAGAAUCCAAACCUGAUCAAACAAAUGGACUGGGCCAAGGCAUUUGCUUAGAAAAUAUAUUUGGAUUAGCCUACAAGUCUCAAAUAUCAGCAGCGGAGGAAAGGUGGCAAAACUAUCUAUCAGAUGAAGAAAAAAAGAAAUUGUCACCGGAAUACCAAGAAGCAAUGAAUAUAUCAGAGGACUCUGGGAAUCAGGAUGAAAAUCCCGAUAAUCAGAGCUAUGAUGAAGACUACGAUUUUGAGGUAGAGAAGGAAAUACAAGUUAACUGUGAGGUAGAUGUGGAUGAUUAUAGUUUUAUGAAAUGGAUACCCGUUGAACCACAGAAGACAGCAUCCGAAGCUGUGCAAAGCAAUAGUGGCCAAGAAGUGGCUUUACAAUCAACUGCUAGGAUUAAUACGUGUGAAGUACCAAUGAGUACAAGGAGUUACGAUCCAGUUUCAAACGAACAUACUCAUUAUCACAAUCAGUACAGUCAGUAUUUUAAUCAUAGCAGUUCAAAUUUGUGGCAGAACGGAUUAAGGUUUCAAACGAUUGAGAGUUUUGAUCAAUGGUUUUAUAAUGAUUGGGAACAGCAGCUGGCCACAGUCAGAAACUUUGUUCAAAAUAAAAUUUACGUGGAAGAAAUGUCUCAUCAUGACUGAAUCGUUUUUACUUAUUUUUUACAUGCGUGUAUAUAAUUUUAAGAUUAGUGUUUACAUAAUAUGAUAAGAUGGAAAUGAAAUGCUCUUUUAUCAAAAUAAAAUGUUUUUCUAA